AUAUUACUUUAGUUUUAUUCAAGCCUCAGUUGACACCCAAACCAUUUGAAUAACGUUGUGCGUAAUUUCUAAUGUAAUUAAAAAUAAAUUAAUUAUAGCAAAGUAUUAAAAAAAAAAAAAAAACAAAGCAAAAUGUGCCUCUGUUUGGGAGCAUGUGUUGUGAAAUAUAUUUUAAUUAUUAUAAAUCUUAUUUUAACCUUAGUUGGUUUAGCCAUCACAGCGCUGGGUAUAGUAGUUCUUCUGAAGGUACGGAAUAUCGAAGAUUUGGAAUCGGAUGAUCUCAACUUAUUUCCGACAUUGAUAAUCGUGAUUGGCUGUAUCAUCACAGUCAUAUUCUUCUUAGGAUGCUGUGGUGCAAUCUCCAGGAACAGUUGUAUGUUAAUAUCGUAUUCCGUGAUUACAGUGAUUGUAGCCAGUUUAACUGUUGGCUUAACGGUGUUUCUAUCAAAAAACAAAGGGACUGUGACGGACAUGUUUAUUGAUGAACUGUCAGGAGGGUUGAAUAAUACCGACGCAAUGGUUUUGAGCACAUUGGAAACGUCUCUGAAGUGUUGCGGCACGACUGGUCCAGAUUAUUAUGAAUCCUCCUCGCUCCCCGUCACAUGUUGCCCAGACAUGUUGUCGAAUAUCCAAAACAUCCAGAAUAUUCAAAAUCAUGUAGACUUUUCUUCAAUAACCAACGAUAUCAACAUAAAUACGAGUGGGGGAGAACUGUGCAAUAUGAAUAAUGCUUUUCAAGAGGGAUGCGUGACAAAGGCCGCCGAAACGUUAAAAGACGUACUGAAAACAGUUGUCACUGUUCUCAUUUUUAUAUGUAUUGCCGAGUAUGUGGUAGCAGUUAUGGCCAUGCUAUAUACCUGUUAUAUCAGAAGAAAGAAGUGAGGUCCAGCGGAACUAAACCGCAUCAUUUACAUUAUUACUAAUAAAACUAAAGCAUAUAUAUAUACAGUUAAUCAAAUUAUUUAUAAACCUUUACUUAAUAAUUAUAAAUCAAAUGUAUUUCCUUUUUUUAUAAAAUUAAUUGAUAUAAGGAACGAGUUUUUUUUUAAAUUAAACUUUCAUGAACCUUA